CGCUCCUCCGCUAAACCCUCCUGUCCGCCCGGGGAGUCCCACACACACGGACCCGGUCCCAGCUCACUCACUACGGCACACUUUUGGACACUUUUACACUUUAUUCUUUCACCUUGGAUUGGAUUUUAACGGAAUAAACUUGUUACUUUUAGCCAAUCAACAGGCUGCUUUGUGAUAUUCACCAGCGAGGGGAGGGCGCAUUUCCACUCUUCUCAUUAAGGAUUUGAAGACUUGAUUCCAUUAAAAGAGGACAGCCCUGCACAAGAGGAUUUAUGCCAGGAGCUGUUGAAGAUGUCCCCUGUACACUUGUUACAGGAUCCUAGAUGAAAAACCAAAAACCUAAAAUUCCUCCAAUGUGGCAGAGAUGAUCACCGGCCACAUGAACGGCUUUGUCCAGGAAGCCAAGCCGGGCGCGAGGGAGCGGGCGGUGGACUGUCCCGGCGACGAGGAGGGGGAGGAGGGAGCCGACCGCCAAAAUGCCCCCAACCUGGUCAAAUCUCCCCAGUGCCCCGCCCACACCGAGAGGGUCAAGCACUACCAGGAGGAGCUGAGGAGGAGGCGCGAGGAGGAGGCGGCCAGCAGGGGGGGCAAGCACGACAUCGACCCCAACGCCUCACUCCGGCUCAAGAAGCUCUCCCAGAACCAGAAAGUGGGCAUCGAUAACCCCACUUUUGAAAACAAGGAGAGGCUCAGCAGAGAGGGUGUCCCGGACUAUAUAGCUGAUGUGUCUGAGUUCGUGGAGUCCCUGAAGUGGGCUGAGCGCUGCCUGUCAGACCCCCAGAGCCUGCAGGACACGGAGCAGCUCCUCCAGCUCCUGUCCUCAGAGGAGUUCCACAGCGCCUACAGCAUCUACAGCGUGGUGUCCCAGCAGCUGAGCCACGUCAGCCCCACCUCGCCCAUCACCACACAAGCUCAGGACCUCUGUCUGGAGGUGCAGAAGAUUCUCCAGUCAAGCCAACAGAAGGAAGGUCUGGAACUGAGGACUCUGCUCACCAACCCACACCUACAGGCCCAUGACCACGUGGCUGAACAGGAGCUGCCGGAGGGCCAGGUUCUCACUCAGUACCUGGGAGAGUCCGUCAAACUGGUCAGACUGGAGAAGACCCGAGAUACACCACUGGGGGCGACGGUGCGUAAUGACGUGGACAGCGUGGUGGUCAGUCGUGUGGUCAAAGGGGGCGUGGCCGAGCGCAGUGGUCUCCUCAGCGAAGGAGAUGAGAUCCUGGAGAUCAACGGUAUCCCCAUCAGAGGCAAACAUGUCAACGAAGUGCACGACAUGCUGCAACAAAUGCACGGGACACUCACCUUCCUGCUGAUCCCGAGCUCUCAGAUUAAAGCGGCCCCUCACAGACAUACUGUGAUGCACGUUAAGGCUUAUUUUGACUACGACCCCUCGGAUGACCCCUUCGUGCCGUGCCGGGAGCUGGGCCUGUCCUUCCAGAAAGGAGACGUCCUGCACGUGAUCAGCCAGGAUGACCCCAACUGGUGGCAGGCGUACCGGGACGGGGACGAGGACAACCAGCCACUCGCAGGGCUGAUCCCAGGUAAGAGCUUCCAGCAGCAGAGGGAGACGCUGAGAAGAACCAUCACAGACCGGGCGAAGGAGCAGCAGCAGCAGCAGCAAGGAAAACACUGGUACGGGAAGAAGAACAAGAAGCAAAAGAAGAAGAGUCUGACCAGCACAAACAAAAACGACGGUGAUGAGAUCCUGACCUAUGAGGAGAUGUCCCUGUAUCACCAGCCGGCCAAUCGGAAGCGCCCCAUCGCCCUGAUAGGUCCCACAAACAGCGGGUACGACGAGCUCCGCCGCAGGCUCCUGUCCAUCGAACCAGAGAAAUAUGCUGUCGCUGUCCCUCACACGACCCGAAACCCCAGAAUCCACGAGCGCAACGGCCGCGAGUACCAUUUUGUGAACCGUGCGGCGUUUGAGGCCGACCUGGCGGCGGGGAAGUUCAUCGAGUCUGGAGAAUACGAGAAGAAUCUGUAUGGCACCAGCACCGACUCCGUGAGACACGUGGUCAACUCAGGAAAGAUCUGCCUGCUGUGUCUGCACUCCAGGUCAUUAAAAGUGCUGAGGACUUCCAACCUCAAGCCCUAUGUCAUCUAUAUUGCUCCUCCAUCUCAGGAACGACUGCGCACCCUGCUGGCGGCAGAGGGGAAAACACCAAAGCCCGAGGAGCUGAAGGAGGUUCUGGAGAAGGCCCGUGACAGGCAGACGUUUGGACACCUGUUUGACGCGUCUCUGGUGAACGUGGACCAGGAGCAGUCCUUCCACGAGCUGAGGCGCCUCAUCGAUCGUCUGGACACGGAGCCGCAGUGGGUCCCGACCUCGUGGCUCUGCUAGACUCACACUGCACUGUACUUGAAUUACAGCAUCACUAAAGCCCAGCACAUUUCAAAGAAGGAAGAAACGAGAAAUUUCGGCUUUCACUUUAUAAUAACUGCACCUUGAUUCGUCUUAAAGCAGAACUAUUAUGCAAAAUUGACUUUAAAGAGCGUUUAAUCGUUAUAAUUGUCUCCAAUCCGUGUAUCAUUCAUUCAUUCGUAUUUCAAAAUAAAACCAAAAAUAAGAAAAUGAAAAAAACAAAAAUUUUCUUCAUUAUUUGUCUCCAAAACCAAAAUGAAAAAACAGAUAAUGAUUCUUUUUUUUCAGUUAUCAAUUAACCGAUAAAGGCCGUUUCCCUUUUCCAUGACUUAAACUGUGAUGCCGGACUUUUGUGCUGCAUACGGACUGAACCAGGACUAAACCAGGACUAAACUGGGACUAAGCCAUUUUCAGUCCCGCUCUAGUCCCGGUCUCAGUCCUGGUCCUGUUCCUGGUCUCAGUUCUGGUAUGGUCCCAGUCUUAGUCCCAGUCUCAGCCCUGGUCCUGGUCCUCGUCUCAGCCCCGGUCUCAAUCACGGUCUGGUCCCGGUCUGGUCUCGGCCUGGUCCCAGCCUAGUCCCGGCCUGGUCCUGGUCUGGUCCCGAUCUCAGUCCCGGUAUCAGCCCUGGUCCUGGUUCUGGUCUGGUCCCAGUCUUAGUCUGGGUCUCAGUCACAAUCCGGUCCUGGACUGGUCCCGGUCUCAGUCCCGAUCUCGGUACUGGUCUGGUCCUGGUUCAGUCCUGGUUCAGUCCUGGUUCAGUCCUGGUUCAGUCCUGGUUCAGUACCGAUCUGGUCCCAGUCUGGUCCCGGUCUGGUCCCAGUCUCAGGUUUGGUCUCAAUCAUGGUCUGGUCCCGAUCUCAGUCCCGAUCUCAGCCUCUAUCACAGUGUGGUCCCGGUCUGGUCCCGGACCUGGUUCAGUCUGUAUGCAAAAACAGGAAACACCUGUUAUCCUGUUUUUUUCCAUUAUUCAUUUAAACACAAACUCAAAAACUGAAAAACUAAUCAUUAUCUGCUUUUCAUUUUGGUUUUGGAGACAAAUAAUGAAGAAAAUUUUAGUUUUUUUGUUUUGUUAUUUUUGGUUUUAUUUUGAAAAACGAAAGAAUGAAUGAUAGCACGGAUUACCUCCCCUUCUCAUUUACCCUCUCGAAGUCACAUUUAGAGUGAUUUAGCUUGGAUUCUCCCUGUACAACUAAAUAUUUCUGCAUGUUUGAGUAAUUUUUAUACUCAAGACCUCAAAGUUUUGUUCCUCAUGAAAGUCUUUCUUCGUGCUUUAUUAAGAUGAAUUAAGGUGUAGUCAUGAUAUAAAGUGUAACCCAAGACUGAAUUUAUCUUCUCCAACGAGGACCAAAAGGAAGUCGAGAAAAACUGUGUUAGUUUUUUUUACUUUUUAACUAAAAGUGUUGAAGGAGCAGGUGAACGUGACGGACUACGCUGCACUACGACGUCCGCUGAUGAAGACGAGGAACGAUUAUGGGAUUAUUUGUCAUGUUUAUACUGUUCGUGUGUCUGUGCUUUUCCCAGAUUUCCAAAAAAGUGUCAUUCGACCAAAUAGAAAACCAUAUCACCUAUUUAUAUUUGUACAUAUGUUUUGUUUUGGCCCUAAACCUAAAAUAUGUUUCUGUGGACUUUAAAUAUUGGUUAAAGGGCUUUUUAUUUUUAAGUGUGUAGUAAACAAACCAAAAGGACAUUUCAGAAAACUGUUCAUGUCUUCCAAUGAAACCUGCUGUUACACCGUUGUCAGUAUUAUCUGUGUUGUUGACACGAACCUCAAGUAUUUCUCUUCUUUUUUUUGUUUGUUUUGUUGUUUCAAAUUAUGCAACUUCACCAUUUAGUCAUAACAUUGUGAUUCAAAUAUCUCAAAAAAGUACAAAACAGUAGUAUUUGUGAGUGCUUAUACUUACAAAUACUAAAUAAUAUCUGUAUUUGCGGCUCUGUCAGGAGUACCCAGCUGGAGCAUAAGUCUGUUGUCCAGGUUUUAAGGGUCAGUUUAUUUUGAGGAAACGUCAAUCAGAAAUUAACUAAAUAUCCAUUUUAUUUAUAAUUAUUGUGAUGUUGAUUAAUCACAAAAACACUGAAUGUGAUGCUCGGGUUGUUUCUAGUGGUUUUCCAUGAAGCUAAAGUGAAAACCUGGCUUAUUUGGUUAAACCCACUUUUAUUUCCAGGGUUCCCACAGUCAUGGAGAAACUGGAAAAGUCAUGGAAAUUGAAAAUGUAAUUUUCCAGUCAUAGAAUAAUGUAAAUCCAAUGAAAGUUUUGGAAAAGUCAUGGAAUUUUAGUGUCUCUGUCACACAACUACAGCAUUUUGUUAAGUAUCAUUAGACUAUUAUGAUUAUUUCUGAACGUUUGCGCCUUUUGUUUAAAAGAGACAACAAUAAAUGCACUGACAGUAUUUUGAAUGUUAAAAAACUAUAAAACCAAACCAUAAGGUGAGUGGAAAGGGUUCACGUAUCAUAUUUAGCUCUAAAAGUCUGAUAAAUUCUACACAUGUAGGUGCUGUAAAUCCAUCCAUCCAUUUUCUUCCGCUUAUCUGGGGCCGGGUCGCGGGGGCAGCAGUCUAAGCAGGGACUCCCAGACUUCCUUCACCCCAGACACUUCCUCCAGGUCCUCCAGGGGGGCCCUGAGGCGUUCCCUGGCCAGCCCAGAGACAUAGUUCCUCCAACGUGUCCUGGGUCUCCUCCUGGUGGGUCAUGCUCGGAACACCUCCUGAGUAAGGCGCACAGGAGGCAUCCGGAACAGAUGCCCGAGCCUCCUCAGCUGCUCCUCUCGACGUGGAGGAGCAGAGGCUCUACUCCGAGCUCCUCCCGUGUGACUGAGCUCCUCACCCUAUCUCGAAGUGAGCGUCCAGCCACCCUGCGGAGGAAACUCAUUUCUUCCGCUUGUAUCCGCGAUCUUGUCCUUUCGAUCAUUACCCAAAUCUCAUGACCAUUUAACCCAAUGUUAAAGUUAAAUUUGAUGUGUUGGUUCUCGCGACAAUUAUCCAAUCAGAAAGCAGAAUGAGCCUCGUGUGAAUCUUCCCUUGGGUUGCCAGUUUCAAUACUGAAUCCAGUUUACAAUCAUAAUCACACUUUUUAUUCAGUGACAAUUCAGAUCAGAGAGACAUUUUAGGUUUAAACACUCUUUGAUUUUAGCAUUUAAACUGGCAACGCAAAUAAGAGAUUUGUGUGAGGAUAAUCGUCUUGAGAACCCAAAUGCCAAAUGAAAAGAUAAACAACUGAUAAGUUAGUUUUUAUGGAUCAUUUGUACGUAUCAUGUGAUUGUGAAUAUGUGAACAAAACACAUAUUCAGUUUUUCCAAUCUCAUGUUGUUUGGUCACAGUGUUAUGUCUGACUGGGGUGUAUCUGCUGCUGUUUCUACUGUAAAUAUUUCUUCCUGUGUAGCAUUUGGUUUCUUUGUGUCAUGUCUUAGUCUACGCAGGGUCUGAAGCACAACUGUGUAAAUAAAUACAAGUGUAAUGUGAAGCGAAUGCGGUGCUUCGUUCGUGUUCUGUUCUGUUUAUGUCGUAUGAGU